GAGAGGAGAGAAUGACGAUAUGCUGAGUCUUUUAAACAAGGAGACAGAGGAAUAAGAGCAUGCUGAGUCCUAAGAUAAGGCAGGUUAGAAGAGCUCGCUCUAAAAGCAUGGUGAUGGGAGAGCACAGUCGAGUUUCUAGCAGGCCAUCCUCGCCUAGUCUACAGGAUAAAGCACUAAAAUCAGGAUGGUUAAAGAAACAGAGAAGCAUCAUGAAGAACUGGCAGCAGCGAUGGUUUGUCCUCAGGGGAGAACAGCUCUACUAUUACAAAGAUGAGGAAGAGAAUAAACCUCAGGGUUCAAUUCACCUGCAAGGGAGUCAGGUGAAUGAAUUCACAGCCAACCCUGAGGAACCUGGCAAACACCUGUUUGAAAUUGUCCCAGGGGGUGCUGGGGAUCGGGACCGGGAUCGGAUGGCUGUCAAUCAUGAAGCAUUCCUUCUUAUGGCAAACUCUCAGAAUGACAUGGAGGAUUGGGUGAAAGCCAUUAGGCGAGUGAUAUGGGCUCCAUUUGGUGGAGGUAUAUUUGGACAGCGUUUGGAAGAUACAGUCCAGUACGAGCGGAAAUUUGGAAAGCGGCUGGCUCCCUUAUUAGUCGAACAGUGUGUGGACUUUAUCAGAGAGCAUGGCCUCACUGAAGAGGGUUUAUUCCGCAUGCCCGGCCAAGCCAACCUGGUCAAAGACCUCCAGGAUUCUUUUGAUUGUGGAGAAAAACCUCUAUUUGACAGGAACACUGAUGUCCACACGGUUGCAUCCCUGCUGAAGCUGUACCUGAGAGAGUUACCUGAGCCAGUGAUUCCAUUUGCCAAGUAUGAAGACUUCCUGUCAUGUGCACAACUGUUGGCUAAGGAUCAAGAAGAGGGUGUCCAGGAACUGAUCAAGCAGGUCACUAAUCUGCCUCAGGCCAAUUACAAUCUCCUGAAAUAUAUCUGCAGGUUCCUUGAUGAAGUUCAGUCAUAUUCAAGUGUUAACAAAAUGAGUGUCCAAAACCUCGCAACUGUCUUUGGGCCAAAUAUUUUGCGUCCAAAACUGGAAGACCCUGUAACUAUUAUGGAAGGUACGUCUCUGGUGCAGCACCUAAUGACUGUGUUGAUCAGCGAACAUGACAGACUCUUCCCUGUUAGCCACAGUGACCCACUGAGCCCUCCGCUUGAAGUGACGUCGGUGGGUAAGCGCUGUCUGGUGGAGUGGGUGUCCCAAGAGGAGUGUGGAGAGACAAGGACUGACAGUAACCAAGUGGGCAGCUUCUGCAACAGCGCAACCUCACUGGACGUGAACAUCAGCACGCCUGUGACUGUGUCCAAAAACGCAACUCAGGAACAAACUGACAAACAGGUUCCUACAAGCACCAGCCCGAGCAGAAGACUUCAGACCCUCCCUGGGUGGAAAUAUUCAUUUAAACAGACAGGGGGACGGUCCAACAAUACUAAACUAAGUGGUUCGACUUUAGAUAUUCCUCACUUAACAGCCAGCGGGAAUUGGCUCAUGAAUGGAUUAUCGUCACUCCGAGGACACAGAAGGACUUCCUCAGGGGACAGAGUCAAAGAAACGGGGUCAUCGCGCCUGUCGACAUACGACAAUGUCCCAUCCUCAAGCCUUUCCUUGAGUAUUGGGGACAGGCAGAGCAUUGCUAGUACUUCAUGGUCAACGUCAUCCUGUGAGAUUUCAGUAGUUGAUUCCAGUAGCUCUGCAGUUUGCCAUGAGAGUGAUUCUUCGGCGCUGAACUGCACGAAGGCGGACUGGCCUGUGCAGGUGACCCAGGCACGGGACGCAUCGCAGAAGGUGGAGACUGACAAUAGGAUCGAGCAGUUUGAUGUGUGCAUCAGCAGCAUUAGCUGCAGCGAGAACAGUGACUUGGUUACUGCAUCGAAUGACUCUGUCACGUGUUCGAAAGCACUUCAAAGUCUGAUCACAGAGCUCAAGUCAGAACUGACCAAACAAAGAGCAGAGUACGAAACCAGGAUUAAAAGGCUUGAAGGGUCUAGCACAGAGCUGCGAUUACAAGUAAACAGACUGGAAGAGGAGUUGGACCAAGGGAAGAAGAAAUACACCAUGCUUGAAAUAAAAAUGCGAAAUGCAGAGCGGGCACACGAAGAUGCAGAGAAGAGAAACCUGCUUCUACAGAAGGAGAUGGAGGAUUUCUUUGCCACGCUAGGAGACUUGACACUGGAAGCCAAGGAAACCAAACCCAAAUAGCAUAAUGUUGCGUUUCUGUUCUUAAAACUGCAGCAUGCAAGACCAUGGAAGACACUGUUUACACACUUGACAUUUUAUAAGGAACGUAUGAAUUUAUUUUUAAUGUUAUGGAUUAAUGCAUUGUGAGUAUUAAUAGAUAAUUCCAUUUUGUACUACCUGUGUUUUUCUUUAUGUUGGAAAGGCUUGUAGCUCCCACAGGUUGUACACAUAUUAACUUCCUGAACAGCAUCUUUGGCAAUCGCUGUGUCUUCUGGAUUAAGAGCAUGCCACCCUUUCUUGAGAAAGAGUGGUGUAAUCUGAUGGGGGAGGCCUACCCCCUUGGUCCAACAGGCCUGGCAGGAGCUGCCUUUGUGUACUUUCAUAGUUUGGGUGGACUCGAAAUAACGACUCUAUGAUAUUUGCACAAACAAUCAGACUGGACAGGGCUGAAUGCAAGGCCAAGUCGGUCAGUCCUUCACGGUUUUUAGGGCCCAAAAGUAUCAAGUUUAUAUCUAAAUCGAGCAACUUGUUACUUUUCAAAAUUACCAGUUUAAGACAGACUGGACCAGUAGUAAACCUGAAUUAUAUUACCUGUUCCAUAAUGUCAAAACCCUUCAACGGACAUGCGGAAAUCACGAAUUUAUCAUUACUGCCACCUGAAUGCCAAGUUGACGUGGCAGUUAGUUCUCUGUUGGCCAUAAAAGAUGAGAAAUUAAUUUGAAAAGUACUUAAGUCUGGCAAAUUGUACAAGAACUUUGUUAAGUACAUUCUGCACUAGGCAUAUUGUGUAAGUUUGCCUCCUAGAGGCACAAACUCUCACAUAAAUUCACCAAAUUUGAUUUGUGUGCAAUGUUAUCUGAAAGUGUUUGUGUCAGAGCGAAGCUGAUAUCACUUGGCCUUGACAGAAACUGAUGAGAAGUUGAGAUUGAGCCCAAUCUGUGGAGGCAGGAAUUGAGGGAGAGGAAGAAAGUGAUUAGAAGACGGGUUGACUAAGAUUUGAAACGAAGGACUAUCUCAGUCAGUCAGUCAAUGAGAAGGCCUUUGUGAAACAAUGCACGAAUUCAGCAUCAUAAAACCUGUCCUGCUAUGGGGCUCUUGGCUUGGAGGUAGUGACACUGCCAUGGUGCCACAGGGGACCGGGUUCAAGUCCUACCUGCUGCAGAGGCAGGUCAUGACACGCCUGAACAGAUUGAUUAAAAAUAUCUAAAAUUGCCACUCUUUGUUUUCUUGUCUCAUUUGUUCACGCUAAGAACAAUUGUGCUGGAUUUCUGGCCCCUAAAAGCUGCAGGAAUAUCACUGCAAUUUACAUCUCACCAGAGCAAUUCCAGUUUAUCCAGUCAGCAAUAGUGUCUUCAAGCAGGUGGAAAUUUGAAAUAAAAGCGAUGGGGAUUUUGAAGCCAAACAAAACAAAAAAUAAUCAGCUUAAUAUUCCUCAACACUGCUGAGCACUGAAACUCCUGAUUGCAUGUACUGCAAACCAAAAGUAAAUCUUUUAAAAUUAAGGCAAUGUUUGUAACGUCCCAUCUCCUUGCACAGCCACUGACCUAGCCAGCCACACGCAUGCAGAAUAUUAUAAUGAGGUAGAAAACUCAGGAGAUAAAUGCCCAGUGUAAUGAUUUUCUUGUUUCUGUCUUCUGUUCUACUUAGUUAAUCUUAGGGAGGCACGGUGGCUCAGUGGUUAGCAGUGCUGCCUCACAGCACCAGGGACCUGGGUUUGAUUCCACCUCCAAUUGACGGUCUGUAUGGAGUUUGCACAUUCUCCCCGUGUCUCUCUGGGUACUCCCAUUUCCUCCCAUGGUCUAAAGACAUGCAGGUUAGGUAGAUUGGCCAUGCUAAAUUGCCCCAUAGUGUCCAGGGAUUGGAAGCCAUGGGAAAAGCAGGGUUUACACAGAUAGUUUGGGAUGCUGUUUACAAGGUCAGCGUGGACUCGAUGGGCCAAACGGCCUGUAGGGUUCUAUGAAGCAAGGGCUGCAGAUCUGAAGGGCAAGGAAGUCUGUAUUUACAGUAUAAGUUGCCAACUGCAAAAGCACAAUAAAUAUCCCACAGGUAAGUCACAAGGCAGAUAAUCUGAAAGGAAAUGCCUAACUCAAUCUUUUACUGUAUUAGGGUUUCAAGCUAACACCAGUUCAUCCAUGUCUGAUGAUUAUUGUGCAGCAGGCAUGACAUAGAAUGGCUCACUCACAAAAGACAUGAACUAGUUUGAGAGAACUGUCACGUUUCACUUGGUAGGUUGGAGGAUCGUGUUCAAAAUGAACUAGUUUGAGAGAACUGUCACGUUUCACUUGGUAGGUUGGAGGAUCGUGUUCAAAAUGAACUAGUUUGAGAGAACUGUCACGUUUCACUUGGUAGGUUGGAGGAUCAUGUUCAAAAUACAGACCAACACUCUCAUUCUAAUUAAGUUACUUAUAUGUGGAACUGUGUUUUAACACUCCUUGUGAUAAUGCAUUGGUUACCAUUUUGAACUCUCCAGAGACAAGACUCAUCCUGAUGUUGCAACCUUGUUGCAUCGGUGUGUUAAUUCCUUUGUCAAAUUUUUUGGAAUGGCUUCUAGUAUAGUCACUGUCAUCCAACAUUUUAGUGUACUUUACGGCUGCUCCCACCAUCCUGCUGAAUUCUGCAUACCACAGACUUGCAUCAAAAUGAUAAUGCACUUCUCAGACAUGAGACAUCUUUGGCACAGUUCCUUUUAUUGUGAGAGAGUCUGUGUUUUCCUGUUUCCAGCAAAUUUUCACAUCAGUAAAAGAAAACCAAACAUGGCCAGAGAACAACAGGUGCAUUAUCCACCUAUUUUCACUCCUGAGAAAAUGGCUUUUGAUUUAUUCAGACUUAACAUAACCAGCAUGUUUCAAGCCUCUUGCACAUAUGGUGCAGAUUAUAUAGUCAUUAAUGGUCACAUCUAAUUAAAUCACAGUUUCAUCACAAUGCCAUUCAAAGACUGAAUCAAUGACUAGUUAGCAUCCAUGUCAAGACAGUCUAUUGCUGCAAUAUUGAUCUGAGUUACAGGAAUAAGUUGGGAGAAGUAGAUCUGGAAGGCUUAAAGUGGAUGUUGUUCUGUAUGCAAGGCAUACAUUUUGUAAAGGUGUUUGCCCACACUGUCAAUCAAACAAAAUCUAGUCCUCAAAUUAUUGUUACAAGUUGACUUGCAGUUGGGGGAUAAUGUGUUUAAGGCAAGUGCCAUAAAGUGCAAUUGUUACUGACAGUAUAAUUGCGCAAAUGAAUUAACUAACGUUCCAAGAAACAUAUCAGUGAGAACAUCAAAAACUUUGGCUCAUAGAAGAGAAGAGGAAUCGAAAUGUAAAUGGGAAGAAUAUAAGAAGUCUUCUUUGGGAUCAAACAGGUUUACAGCAAUGCGUUGAUUCCAAUAUUGGGUGGAAAGUCUACCAAACCAGGUUAUUACACACAAGGUUUUCCUCUGGCUCAGUUUGCAUGUGGCUGUAUCAUUGACAACACUCACUGUUAACUGUGAAUGGUGGAAGAAGUCCACUAACUGCAAUUUCCCCUCCCACCCACCGUAUUGUUGAUAGGGACCUCAUGGUCCCUAUACUGAGAAAACCUAGAGGCAACCAACUAUAGCAGUUUCUGACAUUUGUAUAAAUCUAUAUCUACUGAUCAAAAGCUCAGAUCUUUUUAUUUUGUCCUUCAGCUCAUUUUUGCUGCCAACGACUAUCAGUCACAUAGCUAUUUUUUGAGUGAAAGGGCCUGGACAGAUUAUAGGCUCUUCAACCACACAGUACAAUAUACCGAAGCUCAAUCCCAAUCAGGCCCAAUUCUAGAAGUUGUCCUGCACAAAACAGAGGAUGGGAAGUCCUGGUUACUUUUUAAGCCCAGAGAUGCUGAAACCAAGCACAAGACCCACCUCAGAUCAAUAGCUCAACCUGAGCUGGGAAGUCAGAAAUGUUGGUGUCUUUCAGCUCAACAGAGAAGGAAUAAAAAUCCUUCUGCAAACGAAUUUAAAGAUGAUGCUUGCUCCACCAAGUAGAAUUGCAAUGAUUUGUGGAGGCUACUUGAGUAGCAAGAAAUGACCCUAUAGUCUAAUAUCACAGAAGGCCUCAAACUAUUUCCAAUCACCAUUAUUUUGGCCUCUAGUUGUGGAGGUUGGAGGCCUUGAAGAAGUGUCUGCUGCGUUCUUCUUUGAAUGUUUAAAUAAAAUGACAGGGACACAAACAGCCUGUGGGAGCAUCUCAGUGUUAGCAAAAAAUAAAACCCCGUGUUCACUGAGCACCAGUUAUUUACAUUCUGUUUACAUUUGGAAGUGAUCAGACAAGAAUACUGGAUAAUGUGCAGUUUGAAUUUAUUAACAAUGCAGGAUUCCAUUACAUGUUUGUAUAUAAACUCAGGACAGUGUCGUUGCUUUUUCUGGACAGGCCAGCUGUUGAAACAGCUGUGCACCACAUAAUUACAGCAACUAAAAAGCAGAUUACUUACCUGCGGGUCUGAAAUAGGACAUGUAACAAUACAGAUUUAGUGACAACAGUAUUAAUACAUAUGCCUUAUUUUUAAAGAUUAAAUUGCUAAUCAAUGGGACAGCAAGAUAUCCAAUUUUCUGUAACUUGUGGAACCAUGUUUGCAGAAUACUUAUGGACCAUUCCUCAUAGUCCAUGCAUUGAUCAAUGAAGAUAAAAGUUAUCUUUGAAAAUAAGGCCUGUACUGAGCAUCAACAAAUUAUUGCUUGAAGCGUGAACCAAUUUGCACAUAGUUUGAAAUUCAAGCAUGUCUUUUGUGAGACAUUUCAGAUUUUUCAAUGUCCAACCAAUGUUAUUGAUGUAUUUCAUUGUUUUUUUGCACUAUUUGAAA